AUGACUGGUUCUGUUCCCGGGGGAGGCACGGUCGGGCGCGCCGUCACGCUGGCUGCGUCCGCCGCUCACCUGUGCCGCGGACGGUUGACACGAGACGAAUACUCGUUUGUCUUAACGUUGACUGAUGGACAUUUGGGGGAAGGCAACUUCGUCACUCAAAGUUUUCUGUUGUUAGUUGAAGAUGUAAACGACAACGAACCUAUUUUCAAACCAUAUCCCUCCGCAAUAUCAGUGAAAGAAGAUUCCGCCCCCGUCGUUUUAGCAACUAUAGAGGCCACAGACUUAGACGAAGGAGCUUAUGGACAAGUAUUAUAUCAUUUACAAGAAUUAGAUGGAGACGUGGAUAAUUUUGCAGUACAAACAGUAAAUGGAAAGGGGGUAAUACGGUUAGUGAAUCGUUUAGACUAUGAGCGAAAAUCCCUAUACCAACUUCGGAUUUUGGCCGUUGAUCGUGCAAAUCAAGGAAGGAUAAAUACAGGAACUGCUGCUAUAUUGGUGAAGGUUCAGGACGUGGAAGAUCAACCACCAGAAUUUGUUGUGGCGAGCCCCGUUACUAGAAUAAGCGAGGAUGCGCCAGUCGGUACAUCUGUUUUACAAGUUCGGGCCAUAGAUGGAGAUAGAGGAAUUAACAAUCGCAUUUCAUACAGUAUUAUAUCUGGAGGAGAAGAACAUUUUGACAUUGACAGUAGUUCAGGAGUUGUGUUUACUGUUAAUCCAUUGGAUAGAGAAGAUCCACACAAUAGCAAUGGAGCUUAUAUCUUGGAGAUUCUGGCUACAGAGGAGUCUCUCCAAAUAUCGCCUUUGCCUAGUGCAACCACAGAGGUAACAAUUAUUGUAACUGAUGUAAAUGAUGAAAUCCCGAGGUUUAGGAGUGAAAGAUAUAUAGGCGAGGUUUUGGAAAAUGCCCAACAGAACACCCCUAUAACCCUUUUACAGGAUAGUGUGCCGGAAGUGUUUGAUUAUGACCAGGGUAAAAAUGGAACAUUUGAGUUAUAUUUGAUAGGAGACAAUGGUAUAUUUGAUGUAACACCUUUUAAGGGUAUAAAUGAAGCUUCAUUCCAUAUCAGGGUUAAUGAUCCCACUUCCCUGGAUUAUGAAAAGGUCACCAUGAUGAAUUUUAGUCUAAUCGCCAAAGAAACUGUUACCAAAGACCCAAAAAUGAGUGUUGUGCCAAUAACUGUUUACAUAAAGGAUGAAAAUGACAACUUCCCAGAAUUCACAGAGUCAUUAUAUAUGGUUUCUGUUCCUGAAAACUGUGGCAUAGGAACAACUGUAGCUUGGGUGCAAGCACUAGAUCAAGACUCUGAUAAUUAUGGAACUAAAGGAAUAAGAUACACAAGUCUUAGCGGGAGUAUAGCACAUUUAUUGAACUUAAAUCCGAUAAAUGGCGUCAUAACGGUUAAGCAAACGGGCGAAGGCAGCUUCGACAGGGAACUGGUUUCCCGCCACUACCUCACCGUCGAAGCGAGGGACGACCAGGGCAAAGGCAACAGGAACACGGCCCAACUGGUGAUCAACAUAGACGACGUCAACGACAACGCACCAAUGUUCCAGGCUAAUAAGUACGAAGCCAGGUUGCUGGAGAAUGAGCUUCACUUCGAAAACCCACUGGUCUUAGAAGCGAGGGAUGCAGACUUAAAUGGAACCAAGAACAGUCACAUAGAAUACUCAAUAGUCGGCGGCGACUACAGGAAAAACUUCACAAUCGACCCCAAUCUAGGCAUCAUCACACCCGCUGGCGGAUUGGAUUUCGAACAAAUCCCGGGUGACAACAGCAACGUUCGGCCAAUUCAUUUGAUUGUGAGAGCCAGGGACUUCGGAGUCCCACCGUUAUCCUCCACAGUGCCCGUUACCAUAUACGUGCAGGACUUGAACGACCACGCCCCAGUGUUUCAGCAAAUGGUGUACAAGAGGUCCAUCCCUGAGGACAUGCCCGGAGGGACCAGCGUGUUGGAGGUCAAAGCACGCGAUGCGGACGGGUCUUCCCCGAACAACCGAUUGGUGUAUCGGAUCCAGCGUGGGGCCGACGACAAGUUCAUCGUGGAGGCGCAUAGCGGUGUUCUGAUGGUAGCACCAGGCGCGAACCUGGACCCUGACGUUUCCAGCCCCAAGCGCAGCCGGUACACCCUCACUGUGUUGGCGAUAGAUGGCGGUAUCGGCGAUCAACAGUUAAGCGCCCCUGUGCUGGUGAACAUCACCAUUGUUGAUGUGAACAACAAACCGCCCGUACUCUUCGAACCCGGCACCGUCCACGUGAUGGAAAAUACGCAGGUAGGCACCGUAAUCUACCGCGCUCAAGCCCACGACCCGGACGAGCAACCUGUGCUGCGUUAUUCCAUAGACAAAAGCGCCAGUGUUGCCAGGAACGAGGAGGGCGUUUUGAUACCUCUGACUGAAUAUGAUUACCUCUCGCCGUGGGAUCUGAACCCGAUCGACGGGACGCUAAGGGUUGUACGGCUCUUGGACCGCGAGAAGGUCGAGACGGUGAAACUGGCCAUCAGAGUUGAGGACAUGGCGGCGAUUCGGCGGCGGCCCCAAGCAGACCGCUUCUGCCACGCUCACCAUAGUGACAGCGUGGUGGCGGACGACGCCGAUAGGAACCGGACUAUGAACUACUUCCUCGAGGGUCCUGAGGAGUUGUUAGGGUUGGUUCACAUGGACAGCGCGACUGGCGAGCUGGUGGUGGCGGGUAAAAUCGACCACGAGCUAUAUCCAUGGAUCAAUCUUACCGUUAAGGCGGUCGACAGCGGUGAACCACCUCGGUACUCAGUGGCCGAUCUAUUUAUACAGGUGUUGGACGAGAACGACAACAACCCGGUGUUCGAACCCGGGGCCCACGAGUUCAGCGUUCCAGAAGACGCGCCCCCGGGAACCCCCGUCGCCAGGGUCGUGGCGAGGGACGCAGACUCUUCAGACUUCGGCAGGGUCACUUACCUGCUGGACCGCAUGUCCACGAAGGGAAAGUUUCUAAUAAACGCCGAGACGGGGAUCGUUACCGUAUCGGAGCCUUUGGACCGCGAAACGCAGGCGACGUACAACCUAGUGGUGGAGGCGUGGGACAACUACCAGUUCGGUUACCUUAGCGGCGAAAGCCGCAACGCCUUCAAACAGAUCAUCGUGCGCGUGGAGGACGUCAAUGACAACGCGCCCGUCCUGCACGUGCCGAGCGAGUGCGCCACCGUCACCGAGUUCCACGACCCGCGCGAGCCGGUGGCCGCGCUGGCGGCGAGCGACGCUGACGACCCCGCCACGCCCAACGGCCGAGUGCAGCUGCUGCUGGUGGCAGGGAAGGGGCACGAGCUGUUCCGCGUGGAGCAGACGGGCGGGGAGUCGAACGCGGGCCGGCUGUACGCGCGCCACUCGCUGCGGGACCGCUUCGGGAACUACACGCUGGUGGUGGAGGCGCGCGACCUCGGUACACCCGUGAACGCAGCGCGCGCAGAGCUCCGGGUGUGCGUCACAGACUACAACGACCACGCGCCGAUGUUCGUGCACCCGCCCCAAAACGUCACCAUCAAAGUGCCGGAGAACGCGACGGUGGGCACCGCCGUGGUGGAGGUGCGCGCGAUCGACGCGGACAUCGGGCCGAACGGCGCCGUUCGCUACCGGCUGCGGCAGGACGCGGGCGGCGCGUGGCGCGCCUUCGCCGUGCACGCGGUCAGCGGCGUACUGCGCACCGCGGCGCCGCUCGACCGCGAACAGCGCACUACCUACCAGCUCCGAAUAGAAGCCUACGACCUGGGCCUCCCAACGCCCCUCAGCUCGGACCUGGACCUCACAAUCUACGUGCAGAACGUGGACAACUACCGGCCCCGAUUUCCCGACCGCGAGAUUUACAUCAACGUCACGGAAAACGUUAAAGACUACGGCGUGUACUUGCCAAGUGUGGUGGAAAGAGACCCAAUAGAUAGGGGCGAUGAGCCCAUACUUCCGGUUUGCUAUUACAUAGUGAAAGGAAACGAAGAUGGGAUGUUCGAACUAGACAGAAGCACUCAUAGGCUGUCGACCUCCAAACCCCUGGACCGGGAGCGGAGGUCCAACUACACGCUGACCGUGCUGGCGACCGAGGACUGUGUGGCCAGACCCCCCUUCGAGGAGUCCGUGGACGGCAUCAGCUCGCUCAGGGUGCGAGUGAACGUCGAGGACGUGAACGACAACGCGCCGAAGUUCCUCAGCGGAAUAUUCACCGGCGGCAUCACCACGGAGGCCGACUUCGGAAUAGAGUUCAUGCACGUGAAGGCGAUAGACAUAGACGAAGGCGAGAACGCGAGAGUCAACUACUACCUGAUCGGUGACGUUAAGCAAACGCUGACCGAAGGCUUGGAGAACCUGGCGGUGUCUCCGUUCCUCGUGAACCAGGAGACUGGCGCCGUCUCACUCAACUUCGACCCGCAGAAAGGGAUGAAAGGAUACUUCGACUUCAAAGUGCUGGCCAACGACACGGACGGGCGCAGCGACGAGGCGCGCGUGUUCAUAUACCUGCUGCGGGAGGACCAGCGCGUGCGCUUCGUGCUGCGCGCGCACCCCUCCGAGGUGCGGGACAGGGUGGCGGCCUUCCGGGAGGCGGUGGCCGGGGUGACGGGCGCGGCGGUCAACGUGGACGGGCUGCGGGUGCACGAGAACCGCGACGGCACCGUGGACCACACCAAGACGGACCUCUACCUGCACCUCGUCAACAGGCAGGACCACUCGGUGCUCGACGUGGACCAGGUGCUGAGGGCGGUCGACGCGAACAUCGAGAGGCUCGACGGCCUGUUCAAGGAGUUCAACGUACUGGACACGCAGCCGGCGGAAUACCAGCCGUUGACCGCUGAAAGCAUAACGUCCAACCAAACGGUCUACUGUCUGGUGUGGACGACCCUGUUCCUGGCCGUUCUAUUGGUGCUCUCGCUGAUGAUAUGCUUGUCACAGAGGGCGGACUACCUGAGGAAGCUGAAAGCCGCGACGGCAACGGCAUAUUCGACCCCGACGCCCGGCGAAUCGGACAUGACCGUGCGGAGCGCCGCCCGCGUGCCCAACACCAACAAGCACAGCAGCAAGGGCUCCAACCCGAUAUGGCUGCAGGCGUACGAGAACGACUGGUACAAGUCCGACGAGCAGCUCUCCGAGCGGCUCUCCGAGCAGCGCUCCGAGCGCGACUCGCUCGACGAGAACGCGGUGGACCAGGCGCCGAGCGAGCGGCCGUACUUCAUCACCGCCGGCACCUUCCCCUCGAUGCAGUCGGAGACCCAGACGAACGAGGUGGACCUCUACCAGCAGCUCGAGCGGAUGAAGAACGCGAAGAACAUGGAGACGACUGAGUUG